AUCUAUGAGGUUGUGCAAUCCUGUAGCCCUAUAUAUACAGCUCAAAUCCAGGCAUUGGCGCCUCUCGCUCAGCCUCCAAGGAGUCUCAGGUCUUCUGCUGCACACGGGCCCAGCCAUGAGGUUUCACUACAUCUUGGUGCUGAUUUUGUCUUUCCUCUUCUCGCAGAUCAACCCAGGUGCUGGUCUCCUCACAGGUCUCGGCCACAGAUCAGAUCACUACAUGUGCGUCAGGAAUGGAGGAUUCUGUCUCUAUUCGUCCUGCCCCGUGGAUACCAAAAUUACUGGCACCUGUUACCACGGACGCGCAAAAUGCUGUAGCUGAACUGAGAGUGACUUGGAGAAAGAUCAUAGAAGCCAGAAGAAUUAUUUCUGAUCAUUGUUUCAAUAAAGAAAUUUUUUUUCCUUGA